AUGUCGAUCGUGAGCGCACCAGAUUCUGUUAGAGAUGGGCGAUUUAAAUUUCUAGAGUCUUCGCUUGAGCGUCGUCUUAUAUCUCAGUAUACGUGGAUGAGUCCGGUCUCAAAUGACGAACGUUUGAAUUUUUACCGAUGGAAGUUCAGUGAGACUUUUCCCCGGUUUUCGAAGACGCCUUUCUCUCAAUGGCUUUCCGCAAAUUACUUCGAGCUGAACAAUGCUUUAGACACUGGGGCCUUGACAGUUGUUCCAAUUUUUGAACAUAGAGCUCCCCAAAAGAUACUCUCAACGAGGAAUUACAGGCCAAAAGUGCAGGCAUUAAUCAGCCGAAUUCCACUUUCAGCAGUCAUACGCUUCUAUGAAAAUGGGAUGCAGAAACUAGCAAGCGAAAACGCUCAAUGUAGCGAACCGCCUGCAAGGAUUAUACCAGGCAAGUCUCAUGAAGAACACGGCACCUCACAUCUCAAACUACUGUGCAACCAACCAAGCAUGGAGCCACCUAGAUAA